AUGAGCUCGAUCCCUCCCAAGUCAGGCCUCCAACCUCAAGGACAGAGCACCUCGACCCAGGCCGCCUCCUCUCCCGCACAAUCUGCCUCGCCGUCGACGGCGCCUCGUUCCUACGCCAGCGCCACCAAGAAGUCCGCGACGGACUCGACCGCCGCUCCCGUCACUGUGGGCGGCUCGUCGCAACAUGGGAAGUCGACCUCAGCAUCUCCUGUGAGCGGCAAACCCAUGCAGCAAUCCCAAACCCCCGGCGUCACCAUCGUCAAUGGCGCCCCGGCUCCUCAAAGCGAUCAUUCCCGCAAGCCUUCGGUGACCAUCACCUCUGCUGGCACCUCCGGAUAUAUUCCCAACGGCGGCCAGACCGGUCGUCCCAACAGUCUGCAGUUCGGCUUCGCCAACCAGCAGUCCUCGCCUAGCAUGGGCAAUCCCGCGUCUUUGGCUACUCAGCCUCAGGCCGGUCUUGGUGUCACUCCGCCCGCCAACCCCCGUGUGACUUCCCCCCAGACUUCGCCUUCCCCUAUCCCUCAACCCGCUUCCAGCGGUGGCCGGCCACCGCCGUCGACCUACCAGGCGCAGGGUAACGUUCCCAACUUUGGCAGCUUUGGCGAUGCUGGCGAUAGCAUGCGCGCGGCUCCACAGGCACCCCUUGGCCCCGGUCCUCAGUCGACCCACCUCCGUCGCGAAUCUUCCCAAUCGACUCACAGCGAUAUGAGCAGUCACAUGGGUAGUGUUCCCGGCCGUGGCGGUUACCCCCAUCAGGGCGGUCGCGGCCGUGGUUAUUCUCAGUCGAGCUAUCAGGGUCAAGUUCCUUACUCUCCAGGUCCCAACUUCCGCACCACUCCCAACCAGGCCCGCGGCGCUCCCAACAUGGGCCCUCAGUUCCACGCCCCCAACCAAGGUCGCCCCCUCGCACCUUUCCCCAACUCUCCUCACCAAGCGAGCCGCAGCCCCGCCCUUGCAAACGCGCAUCCUGCGACUCCCCAGAUGAACCAGGUUCCCAUGGCACACGCGCAGAUGCCCCCGCAGGCGUACGGUUAUGGACAACCGAUGGGACCCCAAACUGUGAGACCUCCCCAUAAUAAACCCUUCCGACGUGGAUAUGGAACCCGAAGAAAAGGAUCAUACCGCCGACCAUCACUUUCACCCAUCUACGCUGCAACUGCUAAAGCCCCCCUUCCACCAAUCCCACCCAUCAAUUUAGCGCCAGAAAGCGGGAAUUUUGAGCAAUAUCUAACGUUGAUGAAAACCAACCAGGCCUACCCCGGCUACGACCCCGCUGCUUACGGCUACUACCCCCAAGGCUACAUGGGUGGUGUCCAGUAUAUGACUCCCCCGUCCCCGCAACCACGCCCCGGAAUGCCGUUCAACCCCCAGGCUCCGUACAUGCAGAACCAGUACCCUGUUCAGCCUCCCGCCCAAGCCACCUCCCUCUCUCGUACGCCCUCGCAGAUGUCUAAUGACCGCCCUGGAUCUAGCCUUGGCCAGGGCCAGCCCCCUGCUGGUCCUCCCGGCCCUGGCCAUGCUCACACCGGAAGCCGCACGUCGAACAGCCCCGCUCCCGCAAAGACGCCGUUCGUCAUUCCUGCCAAGAAGAGCCCGAUCAUCAUCAAGGAUCCCGGUAGCGGCGUGGUAAAGACGUUUGAAAAGGCUCCUGCCUCCCCAGCUCGUAUCACCCCGUCCCCUGUUAAGAUUGCGACUCCCACUUCGACUCCUCCCCCUCGCACCGGCAGCAGCGCCGACCACACUCGCACCGAGUCCAAGUCUACUAAGACGGACGAGGAGAAGAAGAAGGAGUUGAAGGACGCUGUCCGCCAGAAGAUCGAACAGGAAGAGGCUGAGCAGCGCCGCAAGGCCGAGGAGGAGGCCGCCGCUGCCCAGCGCAAGAAGGACGAGGAGGAGGCCGCCGCUGCCCAGCGCAAGAAGGAUGAGGAGGAGGCUGCUCGCCAACAGGAGGAAGAAGAGGCCGCUCGUAAGCAGCAGGAGGAGGAAGAGGCUGCCAAGAAGGCUGCUGAUGAGGAGGCCGCCCGCAAGAAGCUUGAGGAGUUGAGCUUGAAGGACAAGCCAGAGGAGACCAAGGCGGAAGAGCCCGUUAAGCCUGCUGAGUCCGCUCCUGCUCCCGCGCCCGCUCCUGCUGAUGACGAUGACAUCGACUACGAUGCCAUUGAGCGCGAGAUGGCCGAAAUCGAGGCCAAGGAGCGCGAGGCUGAGGCUGCCUACUACGCCAAGAAGCAAGCCGAGAAGGAGGCGAAGGAGCGCAAGGAGAAGGAGGAGCGCGAGGCGUGGGAAGCCAACAUGAAGCAGGCUGAGCGUGAGGCCGAGGCUCUUGAGGAAGCCAAGGCCAAGAACCGUGAAGCCGGCGCUGUCACCGACGAGGAUCAAAAGAAGAAGGACCUUUUCGCCUCGUUGAAGAAGGGUGGUUUCUCUGCAACCGAGACUAGCACCGAGAGCGGCACCGCUACGCCCGCCUCUGAUAUGGGUCCUCCUGCCAGGCCCGCCAGUGCUCUCAAGCAGAAGCCUGCUGCUCUCAAGCUGGAGACCAGCAAGGCGGUUGAGCCUCCUCAGCCCAGCGCUGCCAUGAAGUCCCUGCACUCGGCUCGCCUGAUCGAUGAUCUCAGCAAGAUCACUUACCCCGAGUCCAUUGCUUCUCCCAACCCGGCCCUGAAUGCCAACGCUCCUACCGAUCGCAAGUUCCACUACAACAAGGAGUUCUUGCUUCAGUUCCAGAAUGUGUUCAAGGAGAAGCCCUCGAUUGAUUGGGACUUGCGCGUGCGUGAGACCGUCGGUGACAGUGACUCGUCACGUCCCCAGUCGGCCCGCACCCCGAUGGCCAGCGGCCGACAGAGCUCUCGCCCCGGCAUCGGUCAGGGCUUCCCCGGAAUGGGCAAUUUCGGCCAGCCCGGCAACCGCAACAGCCUGCCCCCAGGCACUACUUCCGAGCAGCGCUUUGCUAUGUCUCGCCAAGCCUCCGCUGUUGGCAAUCCCUUCGGCUCCUUUGGUCGCGGUCUGAGCGUUGGUGGCGCCAUUGGGCGCACCAACUCUAGCCCUAUGCACCCUGGCAUGCCCUCGCCUCGCCCCGGCUCUGGCCGCUCCGGUACUCGCAACAGCAGCAAGCGCGACAAGCAGCAUGCCAAGAAGGAGGAGGACAUGGCCAAGUCCAUGCCUCUCACCGCUGGCAAGGAGGUCGAGGCCCUCCAGGUCUCCACCACUGGAUGGAAGCCCCGCAGUGUCGGUCAGACUACCACUGCUGGUCCUACUCCUGCUGGCUCGACUCACAUGCCUCCUGAUGUGGUGCAGCGUAAGGUGAAGGCUGCCUUGAACAAGAUGACGCCCGAGAACUUCGACCGUAUCUCUGGACAGAUCUUGGAGAUUGUCUCCCAAUCCAAGGACGAAUCGGAUGGACGCACCCUGCGCCAGGUCAUCCAGCUUACUUUCGAGAAGGCUACUGACGAGGCCCACUGGGCUUCCAUCUACGCCAAGUUCUGCAAGAGUAUGCUGGAGAGCAUGAGCCCCGAGAUCAAGGACGAGAACAUCCACGACAAGAACGGCAACGUCGUCGCUGGUGGCAGUCUGUUCCGCAAGUACCUCCUCAACCGUUGUCAAGAGGAGUUCGAGCGUGGUUGGAAGGUCAACCUGCCUCCUAAGCCCGAGGGCCAGACGGAGGAAGCUGCUAUGAUGUCUGAUGAGUACUAUAAGGCCGCUGCUGCCAAGCGUCGUGGUCUUGGUCUCGUCAAGUUCAUUGGUGAGCUGUACAAGCUGGGCAUGUUGACUGAACGUAUCAUGCACGAGUGUGUGAAGAAGCUUGUCGAUUAUGAGGGUAUGCCCGAUGAGGCCGAGGUUGAGAGUUUGACCAGCCUCCUGCGCACCAUCGGUGCUAGCCUCGAUGCCUCGGAGCGUGGACACGCGAUGAUGGAUGCUUACUUCCACCGCAUCAGCCUUAUGAUGCAGACUCCUGACUUGCCCAGCAGAUUGCGCUUCAUGUUGAUGGAUAUCAUCGACCUGCGUAAUGCCCGCUGGCACUCCAAGGAUGCCGAUAAGGGACCCAAAACUAUCCAGCAGAUCCGUGAAGAGGCUGCUCGCGCACAACAAGAGGCCGAGAUGGAGCGUCUUCGCCAGCAGGCCAACCGCGGCAGCCGCCCGGGACUGGGUCGUGGUGAUGCCCGCAGCUACAGCAACUACGGCAACCAAGCUCCUCCCCAGGACUUUGCCUCGAGCAAGGUCGGCAGUGACGAUCUCCGCCGUCUGCGGACGACCCGCAACACCAACCAGCCGAUGUCUUUCGGACCCUCUAGCAUGCUGGGAUCUCGCAGCAACAGCGGACGGAAGAACCUUGGCCCUGGUGGCAACCUGGUUCGUGGUAGUGAUGAUAGUGCUGCUAGCAGCCGGACCGGCACUCCCCCUGUCGGCAAGAAGGAGGAAGUUACUUCGAUUAACGCUUUCAGUGCUUUGGCUGCCUUGGAAGACCGGGACAACAUGGCCACCUCCCCGCCAUCGAACCCUACCUCCCCUCUGCUGACCAAGUCGCAACCCGCGGUUGAGCGCCGACCCUCCAAGACUCCCUCUACUGCCGGCGAGGAAGCCUCAUAG